CCAGACUCGUCGCUUCCGGACAACUUUACGCUGCGGCACCUGGGCGUGCAGCCGCGGCUGACGGCCGAGGACCAACCGGACAUCGACCCAAUUGAGGUGGUAUUUGGUGAGCGGCCGAUUGAGGGCGUGCUGUUCCAGCACUCGACAGGCAUCAAGACGUGGAAAAAGCGGUUUGUGCGGCUCAAGGCUUCGCUGCUCCAGGUGUUUGACAAGGAGGGCGCGUCCAAGGCGCGGAGCGUGGUCGACGCCGCAGAGUUUUUGUCAAGCCCGAGGUGCAAGGCAAGUUCUCGCGCGACUCGGUCUUUACGCUCGCCACCACGUCGGAGCAGCACACAUUUGCGGCGUCGACCGACAUUGUGCGCGACGCGUGGGUCGCGGCCAUUGCGCGGGUCUCUCGCAACUCGGCCUUUGACCGCUCACCGAGAGGAACAGGCGGACUGGGUGCAGGUACACUGGGCAGUUUGCCGGGCGCAUCGCGAUCGCUUUCGGCGCUCCCGGUCGAGGCUAGCAGCAGCGGCGUGUCUCCACAAGCGCCGAGCUCGCCGGCGGGCGAGAGCGUAUGCUCUCCUGCGGCUUCGCCGCGGACGCAAGGUGCGACUACCGGGGACUCUUCGAACGACGGUGACGGAGUUGCGAGUGGCGAAGCGGCUUCCGGCGAGGAAGAGCUCGCGAAUGCCGAGCUGGAGGCCGUGGUGCGGAGACUGAUCUCUCUCACGAGCUCCGAGGCAGCGUACAUCGGAAAUCUCAACGCGAUGAUUGAGGUGUGGUUCAAGCCACUGAAGGCGACGCCGUUUCCCAUUGUCACCCCGGAGCAGUUUCAGAUCAUGCUCUCGUGCGUGGAUGUGAUUGCGAACAAGUCGUCCAAGCUUGUGGCGGCGCUGGAGGCUGCAGCGGCCGAUGCUGGGCUUCCUACCGACGCCGGAGCUGAGAUUUCCAGCGACCGCGAGCAGCAGGAGGCAUACGUCAAGGCGGCGCUGGGGCUAUGGGAGGAGUACGCUUCGGCGAGCGGCCCGCAAUCUCUCAUUGUGCUGUAUUCCAAGUACUGCAUCGACCACAUUCCGCUAGAGCAAUGCUGGCCGAGCUAGAGGAGGACUCGAUGAUUUUCAAGGGCUUUAUGAUGGACGCACACACACACGAGCUCUGUCGGGGGAUGGAGUUUUCCGAGUUGAGCCGAUUCCCGCCGCGGCGGAUCCGCGAGUAUCCGCUGCUGCUGCGUGACGUGCUGGGGCUGGCCAAGACGAGCGGUACUGCGGCGCGGCUGCGGGCGCUGUGUGACCGGCUGCAGUACGUGUCUGCCGAGGUUCAGCGGAACGAAGCAUCGGGAACACGGGCGACGCAGAUCCGGUCUGCACUGACCUUUGCCAAUCCACUGGACAACUUGUUGACGGACGCAUCGCUGUUUGUAGUGGACGUGGACGUCAAGAUCGCCGUGAACGACGGGGCCAAGUUUUCCGACGGUGCCGUGGUUGUCUUUACCGACGCCAUUUUUGUAUGCCUGUCAAAGCGAAAGAAGGACGGCGAGCUGGUGUGCGACGAGGCGUGUGCGGUGGCGACGUCGCGGGUGUCUGAGCUCCCGCCACGCGGCAAGGCGAAGCAUCUCGUGGCGAUUGCCAACAACCUGACGCAGACAACGUACAUUCUGUCUGCGGGCUCGUUUGCGGACCACAGCGCGCUGCUGCGGGCGCUCAAGGAGACGAUGGAGGCAAGCGCGGCCGGCCCGUCCAAGAGCGAGUGAGCUCGGGCGCGGGCCGGCGCUACUCGAGAGAAUGCCAGAGGUAAACGUUGCCGUCGGCAUCCGA